AUGGUACUAUCUUUUAAGAAUAGUACUGAAGGUAGUACAAACAGUAAUAGAAAUAAUAAUAGAGAUGAUUCAUCAAUCGAUAAAAGUAAUCAAUAUAAUCAUUUAUUGAAAACACCUGACAGCUACUUUUGUGUGCAUAGUGGUGUAGAUAGGAAAAUAAAAUUGGAUGACGACGACGAUAUUGAUUCAGAGGAAGAAGAUCUAUCUUAUCUAUCUAAAUCAAAUAAUCUAUUAAAAAAACAAUUCAAUAAUGAUAAUAAAGAGAAUAGUAAAUAUAUUAUAAACAAUCAAUUGAAACCAACCGGUGGUAAAAAUGGUCAUAUUUUCUUUGUAAAACAACAACAACAACAACAAAAAAAAAAGAAUAAUAAUAAUAAUAAUAGUAGUAGUAGUAUUGAUGAGUUUGCUGUUAAACGACAAUAUAUUUCUUCACCUUCCAAUAAACAGAGUCAAUGUUAUAGAGAGUUAAUUAUAUUUCAACAUCUCAACAAGUUGAUGGACCAGAAUAAAACAAUUAAUUUUGUGAGAUUGGUAGAAUGGUAUAAGGCUGCUCCGCACAGUGGUGAUGUCAGUCGUCUCAACCAAGUUCUCCAGGACACUACCAAACAGGUAAAGUCAAAAGCAAAUAGUGCUGCUGCUGCUAUUCCAAAGGAUCCAACUCUUAAAACCAACCAAUACAUGCAUUUCAUUCUCGAGUAUGCCAACCUCAAGACACUCUCUGACUACCGUUCCAAGAGUAUGGUUACUCUCAAACUGUUCAAAUCGAUACUGUUCCAAAUUCUCUAUGCUCUCGCCAUUGCCCAGAAGGAGCUGGAAUUCGUACACAACGAUCUACACACUGGUAAUAUCCUACUGCAGACUCUUCCAGCCGGAAAGAAGUAUAUCAUGUACCAAGAUGACAUUGGCGAUGAAGUCAACACUGGUCGUAAAUAUAGAACUUGGUUGGUCGAUGGUGUUGUAGUGAAGAUCAACGAUUUCGGACUUAGCAGAAUAUCAACCAACGGCACUGUUACUUUCAACCAGAAGAAUGCAUCUUCCAAUUAUUUCCUGCCAACGAGCGAUCUCACCAAUCUCGCGUCAUCCUUGAAAUCGUUUAGAAUCGCAGAUCUCCAGGAUCCAAAGAACAGGGAAGAGCGAUUGUUACUCAACAAUUUGAAAAAGAAAAUCUCUGAAGGCUAUGUUCCACCCUAUGUCCUGUUGUCUCACAAGUUCUUUAGUUCGUUACAUAACAUUCCAGAGGAUGCCAACAUAGACAAUUGUAUUCGUUUGUCAUCGGAUGGUAUUAUUCCAGAUGAAUUCCCAGAGGCAACUCCAAAUGCUAACGUUGUUGUUCAAGUAGAAGUAUCGGAUCAUGUGUUUGCAGUACCAAAGACACCAGCCAAGACACCUUCCAAAACACCAAUCAAGACACCAUCCAAACUCGAAUCCUACAAAGAGAUGAUCGCAAUGACACCACCAUCCUCAAAACUCAGUCUACCAUCGACACCAACCUUCUACAGACCAAUGAAAUUUACUUUUUCAAAGUUAAAAAGAAACAACUCCAACCUCACCCAACAACCGGUUCAAGUUUCAGUUCAAGAAGAGCAAGAGGAAGAAGUUGAUGAAGAAGAGGAGGAAGAAGUAGAAGAUGAAGAUGAUUAUGUAGAGGAGGAGGAGGAAGAAGACGACAUUGAGGAUGUAUUCGAGGAUGAGGAAGAUUAUGAAGCUACUAUUAAUCUUACCAAGAAGUUAUCGACUUUAAAUAUUGAAUUGGAGGAAGAGGAAGAGGAAGAAGAAGAAGAAGAACAGGAAGAAGAACAGGAGGAAGAACAGGAGGAAGAACAGGAGGAAGAACAGGAAGUAGAGGAAGAAGUAGAAGAACAGGAAAUUGAAAUAGAAGAACAGGAAGUAGAGGAGGAGGAGCCUGAGAUUCCAGUUACCAAAGCCAGAAAGCCAAGAAGGAAAAAGCUAACAGUUGCGCAACAACUGAAACAAGAAGGUCUAUAUAUGAUUAAUAGAUUAAUCAGACCAGUCGAUGAUAUUAAGAGAAGAUAA